AUGAUAAUUUUGUUUUUUAUAACAAGUACUUUAGCAUCUCGUGUUUAUCCCAUAUCUCAAAUACAGGCAACUCAAAAUUUUCAAUUAGAAUAUGAAUCAGGUUCGUUGACAGUUGAUUUGAAUUCUGAAAUGAGCUAUUUAAGUAAGGCUGGAGAUAAAAUCAGAUGCAAUUCAGCUCCAUUUGGAGAACAAAUAUAAUGCCAACAUUGCUCUCCUGAUUGUAUUGUUCAAGAUUCUUAAUUGAUAUCAUCGGAAAUCACCUUGGUGGACAUUUUUAAUGAAGAGGAAACAGAACCAAUCAUAUACACUAGCACCAAUGAAUCUGAAAUUUUGGGAUUGGGAUUACAAAGGGGAGCUAGGUACCCACAGAAUCCAUUUGUGUCAAAGGUGUUUCACAUUUGUUUUGGUUAUACAAGAGGGUUCGUUUCAAGAGAAUUUAAGAACCCCAAUUUGAGCGAAUUGCAGUAUAAGGCAAACGAAUCCAAUUACCAAGUAGAUUUGAGAAUGAUCAAAGUAAAUGAUGAGAUGGUUGUGGAUACAUAUGGCAAUAUCACUUAUGUUGAUAGUAAGGAACCUUUUAUCUUAUUGCCAGAAGAGGAAUAUAUAAUGAUGAGAGAUUAUCUGUAAGAGUAUGGCGUAGAGGAGGAAGGAAAGUAUUUGAUCGUGAAGGAUAAAUCAAGAGGAUUGCCGACGAUUGAGUUGAUUUUUGAAAAGGAUGAGAAGAUUAGAUUGGAAAAGGAUGCUUACUCUUAUAGACUAAUAGAUGGAAGAGAGAUUGUUACAUUUUACAGAUCAAAGAUCAAUCGUAUAAAGUUGGGAUUGCCAUUUUUAACUUAAUAAUUGAUUACUAUUGAUUAAAACAAUUAGAAAUUAUUCAUCUCCAAAUACAAUUGCUAAGAUCAAUUUAAGUAGUCACAAUAGAAUACUCCUUACUUGAAACAUAUAGUAAUCCCAUUUGUUUUGAUGUGCUUAACAUUCUACUGUCUCUUGAGUUAAAGGGCAAAGAACGGCGUGAAGAGAAGGUAAUUAGAAUAAUAAGAGUUGGUGAAAUUGAAAGAAGAGGAAGAACAAAUUUGA